AAAUAGCACGUGUUUGGCAAUAGAACAGAGGACGAAAAACACUCUUUCGUUGUCGUUGAUCAAGUUGUGAAAUAAUUGAGCUUUGCGGUGGGUAGGUUUUAUACUCUCUUGGAGUUGCCUUCAAACUAGAAAAUAUGGGAGGCACAAGAGAUGAAGAGUUUCAGCAUGGUAAUAAACUUACUGCUACUUACCAAUUUUCUUAUGAAGAAGAGGUUGAUGAUGAUGGCAAGCCCAGAAGAACUGGGACUGUAUGGACUGCAAGUGCACAUAUUAUUACAGCAAUCAUAGGUUCUGGAGUUCUUUCACUAGCAUGGGCCACAGCACAACUUGGAUGGAUAGGAGGAAUUUCAACUCUUUUAAUAUUUUCUGGCAUCAUGCUUUAUACUUCAAACCUCCUUGCAGAUUGUUACAGAUCUCCUGAUCGUGUCACUGGAAAGAGAAACUACACAUACAUGGAGGAGGUCCAAGCCAAUUUAGGAAGAUUAAGUUGCAUUGCUUGUGGGGUAGUACAGUACGCCAACCUAAGUGGUUUUGUAGUUGGCUACACAAUUACUGCACCCAUAAGCAUGGUGGCAGUCCAUAAAUCAAAUUGCUUCCACAGAAAAGGACAUGCUUCCUCUUGCAAGUUUAGCAGUAACCCUUAUAUGAUAGGUUUCGGCAUCUGCGAGAUCUUCUUAUCCCAAAUACCCAAUUUCCAUAAGCUAACAUGGUUGUCAACUGUUGCUGCAAUCAUGUCUUUCGCGUAUUCCUUGAUUGGUAUAGGACUUGCACUUGACAGGAUUAUCUCAGGGAAAGGAGGGAAGACUAGUUUAACAGGAGUAGAGAUAGGCAUAGGUAUAUCAGCUGCUGAGAAAACAUGGAGGAUGUUAAGAGCUAUUGGAGAUAUUGCUUUUGCUUAUGGUUUUUCUCAAGUACUCGUCGAAAUACAGGAUACGUUAAGGUCGCCACCAGCGGAGAAUAAGGUGAUGAAGAAAGCAAACGGAGUAUCACUAUUAACAACCACAGUAUUCUACAUGAUGUGUGGCUGCUUGGGUUAUGCUGCAUUUGGGAAUGAUGCACCAGGCAAUAUGCUGACUGGCUUUGGGUUUUAUGAGCCUUUCUGGCUGGUAGACUUGGCCAACAUCUUCAUUGUCAUUCACUUAGUAGGAGCAUAUCAGGUACUUGCUCAACCAGUGUUCAGGAAGAUUGAAUCAUUAACCAUUGACAAAUGGCCCAACUCAAAAUUUGUAAAGGCAGAGUAUCCCAUAAGAAUAGGGAGCAAAACUGUGGUAAGCUUGAAUCCACUAAGGCUAACUGGAAGAACCAUAUUUGUAGUCUUAGUAACACUAGUUGCCAUGGCAAUGCCCUUCUUUAACGACGUCAUUGCGCUGCUCGGCGCACUCGGGUUUUGGCCGUUGGCAGUAUAUUUCCCAGUCCAGAUGCACAUUGCCCAAAACAAGAUCAAACGAGGGUCGUCAAAGUGGCUUAAGCUUCAACUUCUUAAUUUUCUAUGUUUGCUAGUUUCCUUGGCUGCAGCAGCUGCUUCUAUCCAAGGCAUUGGUGAAGCUCUUCGUAGCUCCAAAUUAUUUGAGUUCAAAGAAUGAUCAAAUUAGUCUUUCUUUUUUGUGGUUAAGGUAAAACAAAUGUUUUGUAAUGAUGGAGUUUGUAGCUAAUUUUAGCGUGUUGUGUAUGCUUGGAAGCAAGCCAAUUAUGUGAAAUGGAAAAUAAAUUGUUCGAA